AAAGGUCCCCAGCUGAAGGCAGGAAAAAAACGUGACGAGAGGAGCAUGACAUGCCUUAUAGACGUCUACCUGUUUGGUUCAUGAUGAGAUCUGGAGCGCUUGCAGAAGGGCGCACGCAAAGGUUCAACACAUGGCACUCAGAUUGUAUUAAGCGGUUAAUAUGAAAAAAGGAAUAUUUUACAUUCUAAACAAUUUUUAAUAGUUCCAGCGUUUUAGUUGUUUAGGAGGUUUGAUCGCAUUCCAUUAACCUCGCGAUCUAAACGUCUUCUCCCAGAUUGAAAUCGCCGCGUUAUUGGAUUUUUCCCCAGCUCAUCUGGUUUUGUUGGAUAAAGAUCUCGAGACAUGUGAAUUAAGAUUUUGACCCCUGUCCAAGCGGGUUUUGCGAUCGCCUUCAGCAGAUGAUGUGCUUCUUGAAAGUGCAUUAUUUGGGGCGCUGAAUCUUCUCAGAAAUUAUCAAACUUUCUCACAGGACAAGCCUCUGUCAUCCCUGGACUAGCAUCAAGCCUGCACGGUUUUUCUUCUUCUUACUUUAAGGAUAGUUAUCUCACUAUGACGAUUCCACUUUCCAGAACACAACUUGCCCUCUUCUUUAUUCUGCUUUGUCCAGUCAACAUUAUUGGGCUCUGGUGGGCAGUGGGGAGUCCGUUGGUCAUGGACCCAAAUAGCAUCUGCAGGAAGACAAAACGUCUAGCAGGCAAGCAGGCCGAGCUCUGCCAGACGCAGCCGGAAAUUGUCAACGAAGUUGCCAAAGGUGCUAAGCUGGGUGUGCGAGAAUGCCAAUACCAAUUCCGCUUUCGACGCUGGAACUGUACUAGCCAGAACAAGCACUUUGGCAAAAUCCUCCAGCAAGACAUCCGAGAGACAGCUUUCGUGUAUGCCAUCACAGCGGCGGGCGUGACGCAUGCAGUGACCCAGGCCUGCAGCAUGGGGGAGCUACUGCAGUGCGGCUGUGAGGCCACGCGGAGCCGAGGACCACCCCCGCAUUUAGCCAGCAUGGGCCCAACUGAGGGCGUGAAGUGGGAGUGGGGAGGCUGUGGGGAUGAUGUGGAGUUUGGCUACGAGAAGUCUAAGCAGUUCAUGGACGCUAGGCGGAGGAAGGGCAAGAGUGACAUUCGCACACUGAUUGAUCUUCAUAAUAACGAGGCUGGUAGGCUGGCGGUGAAGAAUUAUAUGAGAACUGAAUGUAAAUGUCAUGGGCUGUCUGGCUCUUGCACUCUGCGGACCUGCUGGAAGAAAAUGCCUCUCUUCCGCGAAGUGGGCGACCGUCUGCUUGAGCGCUUCAACGGGGCAUCCAAAGUGAUGGGUGGGAAUGAUGGUAAGACUCUCAUUCCAGUGGGCCUAAACAUCAAACCACCAGACAAGCAGGAUCUCAUUUACUCGGCUGAGUCGCCAGACUUCUGCCUGCCCAACAGGAAGACUGGUUCCCUGGGCACACGGGGGCGAAUAUGUAACAGCACUGCUCUAGAUGUGAGUGGAUGCGACCUUCUGUGUUGCGAGAGGGGACAUUGGGACGAGACGGUGGUCUUGGAGGAAAACUGUCUCUGCCGUUUCCACUGGUGCUGCGUAGUCCAGUGUAAAAAGUGUUCUGUUAGGAAGGAUCUCAGUUUGUGUCACUAACCAAAAGCCCUUGAUAUAGAGAUUGAGAAGAGUGCAUCAGAAUGAGAAAUCCUCUGGAAGUCAAGCUAGAACAAUCAAGCUCUGUUGCAAAGACUCUUGAACAUUCCAGAUCCACUCUAGAAUGUACUGCAAAACGUGCAUGCACAUUUCAGACCCUGAGUUUUUGGAAAACACUAGAGGUGCAUCUGACUCAUAAUGCACCCUUCAGAAUACCUUUAGAACCACGAGUCUCAAUGAUUACUCAAGAUUUAGGAGGGGUUCAUCAGCUGUGGAGUCAAGACAUUCAGAAAUCCUUAUCUGCAGAGUGAAGAGGGCUUUUGUGUGUCUGUUUCUUUUAGAUCAGCCCUGCUUAUUUUGUCAUUUCAUUGAAUGCUAUAAGUGGUUAUAUCCUCUGUUGAGUCAAUGAAUGGAAGCACUUUCACUGUCUUGAGCACUCACUAUGUGCACACAGGGACAGAAUUGCAGCAAUGGUGAUAAUAGAAGCACAGCAGCAUGAUGGUGCUUGAUGUCAGUGCAAUGGCAAAAGCUGCUCUUGCUCUGUACUAUCUAAAGUGAGAGGGACAUCAAGUAAAGGACAUUUGGAAUAGCGCUCUGUAAAAUGGACAUUGCCUGGACACAAUGAAAAUAAUCUUAUUUAUAUUGUCUAAAAUGACUACUUGUGAGUGAAUUGACUAAUGCCCUGUCAUUUCUUUUAAAAGCACUUUGAAUGUGAGAACUUUUAACAGAAAGAGUAGCAUGUCAUUUCAACCUUAACAUCUGUUGUUUCAAAGGUAAAAAGUAUAUGCAAGAGAAGCAAUGUGUAAAAACUCUGUUUUCAUUUGACAUUUUUUGGUAUAAUAUUUAAUCUUGAGGGCUUUUAAUGCACUUUUACUGGUACUGAACACUCUUUUUCAUCCAUUUGCUCCAUGGUAAGACACAUUUUUAGUGUUUUGAUUGUUUUUAAAUUGUUCACUCACAUUAUUAAUUCUGUCAUUAUUUACUGACCCUUAUGUUGUUCCAAACCUCUAUGACUUUGUUUCUUCUGUGGAACAUAAAGGGAAGUGUUUGGGCAGAAUGUUAGCCUCAGUCACCAUUAACUUUCAUUGCACCUUUUUUUCCAUAAAGUGAAAAGGAAUACCUAACAUCUUAUGACAGAUUUUUCAUUUACGGUUGAAAUGACCCUUUAAGAAUAAAAGUGCUUGCAUAUUAUUGACCUUGCAUAUGCCUUUAGUAUGCUAUCACUGCUCAAUUUGCUAAACUGAUUUUUACAGAUUGUUAAUGACAGUGUAUGAGAAAUGUAUUUCCAUUGUUUGUGAUAUGGUUUCCAUGGCAGUGUCAACUUUUCACAGAUCAGUUCAUGUGUCCCUUUUGAUUUGUCAGUAGUAUCUUUGGGUCAUCAAAACACUGCAUUUCCAUAAAGGGCAAAUUCAGGACUUUUUAGCACCAUAUUCAGUGUCAGACAAAUUAAUCAUAUUUGAAAUAUAAUAUUUCUGCUGUCUGUAUCAUUAAUGAAAUCAGAAACAGCAAUGUUAAGAAACAGACAUAAAGAAUGUAGAGUUUCACUAGAUACUACAGGGUCAGCCAUGAGACUUUCAUCAAGUGUUAAUCUCAAGCACCCCUUCCUUUGUUUGGAAUGUAUUGCAUUUUUUGGAACAUACCUUCAUGAGGUAUCAUCUGAAGUUUUCUUCUUGUUCUCCUAUCUUGUGAGCCACAGACCAUAGAGAAAUACAUCUUUCAUAUGCAUUUGUAAUAGGAGCACAAUAAAUAUAAUGGACUUAAGAUAGUGAAAAGUAAUGGCAUGUCCAGUAAAUGUAAAUGACUUGAAACCACAGUAUUCAGCUCUAUUUAUCUGAGGUCAGUUCUACACUUUAAAUAAAAAUCGUAAACUGGUACAUGAGAAAUGUGGUGGAAGGAUAUGCAAGAUUAUCAAUUGCUCUUCAAAACAACUGUUUAUUAAGUUGUCUUGCAUUAAUUCAUUACAGAAUGUGAUAUUUUGCUUAAUCAUAAUGUCUUUGAGAAAGAAGAUUUAAAUGAUUUAAUAGGUAAUUAUUUAAAAAGUAUAAUGAAA